AGAGUAUCUAGAAUCUGUUUUAUUUAACCGGUGCGAUGAGCUGUUUAAAAACAGUCCGUACAUGCUUCGGAAAAUCGGCGCCGGUGAUCCGAGAUCCCGGGGGAUAGUGGGCUGACAUGUAGUCCCCCCACGGCGAAUCCCGUGACUUGAUCCCAUCACAUGACCCCUCGAAAGACGAGGACCCGGAGAGCCUGAUUAUCCGAGAUUUCCCACGCUAGGGCCGAUACGGCAAAAGUGCGCCGCACGUGAUCACACAACCGAUUUUAACGCACUAAGACGCUGCCGUCUACAUAAUUUCGACACGAUCGCAAGGUUGAGGAAGACAAGUCUUGUCGAGGUGAGUGAAGACCCUGUACCCUGCGAGGAUGGAUAUGGGAUGGCAGUCGCUUGAGUCGCUUUGGUCUCUCUUUCUUUUCCCGCGGCACUUCUUCUGGCUCAGCUGCGCAAAGGAAGAGAAAUGAGGCAAAAAUGACACUUGCGCCGAUGCAUCCCAGCGUUCAUCCAGCGCAACGUUUAUCUAUCUCAAAGAUGCAGGGUUAGACUAACAUUCGCAUGAUACCAGGCCUUCAUCAAGAUGCAGAUCUUCGUCAAGACCCUUACGGGUAAGACUAUCACCCUUGAGGUGGAGUCCUCGGACACCAUUGACAAUGUCAAGUCCAAGAUCCAGGACAAGGAGGGAAUCCCCCCUGACCAGCAGCGUCUGAUCUUCGCUGGCAAGCAGCUCGAGGACGGCCGUACUCUUUCUGACUACAACAUCCAGAAGGAGUCCACCCUUCACCUCGUGCUCCGCCUGCGUGGUGGUGGUAAGAAGCGUAAGAAGAAGGUCUACACCACCCCCAAGAAGAUCAAGCACAAGCGCAAGAAGACCAAGCUUGCCGUCCUCAAGUACUACAAGGUCGACGGUGAUGGCAAGAUCGAGCGUCUCCGCCGCGAGUGCCCCGCCCCCGAGUGUGGUGCCGGUGUCUUCAUGGCUGCUAUGCACAACCGCCAGUACUGUGGCAAGUGCCACCUCACCUACGUCUUCGACGAGUCCAAGUAAGCGAUCCAAUCGUGGAUUGCUCCGCCUCUCUUGUUACCGGGGAUGCAAUAGGGUUUUGAUCUAGGGCAAUUUCGGUGGAUUUAGAUUGGUGGAUCUUAGGUUGAGGAGCCUUGAAAAUGAAAUAAAAAUUCGAAACA